GGCAGGGACAACGCGCCGCGCCUGGCAGCGGAGGCGGAGGCAGAGGCGGAGGCGAGGUCGCGUCGCUGCCAGGCGCUCCGGGGGCUCCCACUCCCGCCGCGGCAGCCUCAUGAAGCCGCCCUCGGCCCGGCCGAAGAGUUGAUGCUCCGCCGCCCGCGCCCCGGCCGCCCUUCGCCAUGAGCUGUCUGGAUGUUAUGUACCAAGUCUAUGGUCCUCCGCAGCCGUACUUCGCAGCAGCCUACAGCCCGUACCAUCAGAAACUCGCUUUCUACUCGAAAAUGCAGGAAGCCGCCGAGAGCGCCAGCAGUGCCAGCGCCAGCAGCCCCUUCUCCAGCCACGCCGCGCCGGCCAGCAUCAAGGAGGAGGAGUGCAGCCCGGAGAAGGAGCGCCCCCCGGAGGCCGAGUACAUCAGCGCCCGCUGCGUCUUGUUCACCUACUUCCAGGGGGACAUCAGCGCCGUGGUGGACGAGCACUUCAGCCGGGCCCUCAGCCAGCCCAGCAGCUUCUCGCCCAGCAGCGCCGGCGCCAAGGCCCCGCGGAGCGCCGCCUCGUGGAGGGAUGGAUCUUUCCCCAUGAAUCAACGUAGUUUCCCACCCUCCUUCUGGAACAGCACCUACCAGCCUUCCUCAGUGUCUGCAUCCCUGGGAAGCCCACUGGCAGCCACUGGCCACACUGAACUGCCCUUUGCCUCAGCGGACCCUUAUUCACCAGGCUCAUUGCACAGCCAUCUCCACCAGGGUGGUCCAGAGCCCUGGCACCCUGCUCACCACCAUCACCACCACCACCACCACCCUUACAUCGGCACGCAGAGCUCCUCCUAUCCCCGACCCACCACUGUGCAUGAGGUCUAUGGUCCUCACUUUGACCCUCGUUAUGGCUCACUGCUGGUGCCUGCAGCUUCUGUGCGCCCCCAUCGCCUCACGCCUGCAUCUGUGCCCACACCUGUCAGCCCCCAGUGCGAGCUAGGGAAGAGUGAGCCUGCCACUUCAGCAUGGACAACACCAGCGCCUUUCCCCAGCCCAGCAGGGGAGAUGGCACAGAACCUAGGCCUCAAUGUGGAUGCAGGUUUGCAGCCUCAGGAUAAAAGCAAGGAUCUCUAUUGGUUUUAGACCUGACCUUCCAUCUUCUCUUACUCUCUAGUCAGAUCUCUGCCUAAGUAAGACUGCUGACAGAGCUGAAAUCGAGUCGGUUUGUAACAGCUUCUGAUCUUGGUUUACAGCUCGCCGUUAUUCCUUCUGUGGUGGAUCCCUCCUGAGCUGAGCUGAGCUGCUGAGCCUAAAGCUCCUCCAUAAAGUCCCGUCUUCCCAUCCCUGCAUCAUUCAGCAUCUCAUGUCACAUAUCAAGGACAAGAACAUGGGGGCUAAAAGCUGCUUCAUCUUGGCAUUUCAACAUCAGAACCUUACUGGGGAAUGAGGAGUACAGCACCCUCCAUUCUCUUCACUGUGAGAAGCCAAGCAUACAUCCAGAAUUGUGGCCAAGCCACCUUAAGGAGUCGAGCGAAACUGUUAUGGAUAUCAAAUUGCUGACUUUGGGAAACAAAAGUGUUUGUUGCUGGUGAUGAUAGUGUGAACUCUUCUUUUUUAUUUGCCAUUUUUUUUUUAAAAAAAACCCUACUUCUUGAAAGCAGCAUGAGAAGAUAUGCACACACUAGGAAUUGUAUUUUUUUUGUCCUUAACACUGUAGGAACAAGAGGAAGGAUUCUAAACUCCAAAGCAUGUUGGACUUUAACGACAACAAAAAAAGGAUAGUUUUUUCAGGCCACAGUGAUAAGUGGUGAGUGACUAGCAUGGGCCACCUGCCUCUGGGCUUGCACAAAUGCAGCUGUUCUAGAGACAACUAUUUGAACUCGAGAAACUCAACAACCAAGGUGGCACUUCUCAGAGUUUGGCACAAGAAUUGUAUUUGAUAAUACAUGCAUACAUAUGUGUACAUAUAUAUAUGUGUAUAUAAAUAUAUAUAUAUAUAAAGUUUUUAUACAAGGAAUGUUUUAUGAUGAAGAAGAGACCCUUCCCACCCCCUCCAAAAACCUGGCAACUUUCAUGAGGAACAACUGGAGAAAACAGGAAGGAAAAUAAUUGAGUAGACAAAGGGUGUUAAACUUGAGCACUUUCUGUAUGUUGCUGUCUUUUCUUCUACCAGUGCUCAAGGGGACGGGCUCUUGAGAGUACCCUUUUUAAAAGGGGUAUGUAAGAGGUGUUUAUUUGUAGGGAAACUUCAUUAAAGAUGUCUCCUUUCAUCCUCUGAUAGUAUGGUUUUUCUGAGAAGCUAAAGCCAGAUAGGCAUUAGAUUUCUUAGGCAUAUUGAGAACCUCAGUGUAAUAUAAUGACAACUGAAAACAGUUUUUGACUGAAAAGAAACAUCCUUAUGAUAAAAUGGUCUUCAUGGAUGUUACAGGUGUGCUUAAAAUUAAAUACAUUCUUAAUUUUGCUGGAGUGGGCCAAACUAUUCACAGCUCAAGACUGGUGAACGAAUGACAAUGGAAUUGUUCCAAGUAGAUCAAAGUCCCUGCCAGCAGAAGCCCACAAAAGGUAUACUGUAAACUGUACUGCAGCAGGCACCACUUAGAGGACAAUCCUAAGCAGAGGACACUUUUCUAAGUCCAUUGAAAUCAGUGAGUUUAGAAAGGCGUAACAAGGGUUGCCAAUUCUGGGCUGGGAAAUUCCUGGAGAUUUUGAGGGGUGGAACAUGGGGUAGGUGCUCAGUGGGAUAUAAUGUCAUAAAUCCACUCCCCAAAGCAGCCAUUUUCUCCAGAGGAACUGAUCUCUGUCAUCUAGGGAUCAACUGAAAUUCCAGGAGGUUUCCAGGCCUCACCUGGAGGUUGGCCACCUCUAGUGUAAUCAUCCUUAGGAUGACACUGUUAAAGUUUCAGCUGUUGUCCAUGUUCUUCCAACCACAUUCAUAUUAUGUAUAGGGCUUAUGAAUAAUAAAAGGAAAGUAGGCAUGCAAUAUGUUACCUGCUCUUGGCUGCCUGCUUUCUUCUGUCGGUCCUGUCUUCUUCUACUGGACAGGUAAAGAAGCUGAGGUUUUUUUCUUGGUAUUUAUCUAAAGAUUCAUAUCCCACUUUUUCUUUGUGUCUCAAGGGAGAGUCAGUUUGGUGUAGUUGUUAAGAACACAGGGGUCUAAUCUGGAGAGCUGGGUUUGAUUCCCCGCUCCUCCAUUUGAAGCCAGCUGGGUGACCUUGGGUCAGUCACAGCUUCUAGGAGCUCUCUCAGCCCCACCCACCUCACAGGGUGUUUUG